AUCAGUGUGGCCCCAGAAGUGCCACCUGUCAGUGCUCGCCAGUGCCCAUCAGUGCCACGUGCCAGUGCCCAUCAGUGCCACAUCAAUGCUACAUAUCAGUGCAUACCAGUGCACAUCAAUGCCACAUAUCAGUGCCACCUAUCAGUGCUGCCAAUCAGUGCCGCCUAACAGUGCCAGUCAGUGCUGCCUAACAGUGCCAGUCAGUGCUGCCUAUCAGUGCCGCCUAUCAGUGCCAUAUAUCAGUGUCAUGUAUCAGUGCUGCCUUUCAGUGCCCAUCAGUGAUGCCUGUCAAUGCCCAUCAGUGCAACUU